CCCCCUUCUGUACUGAGCCUGUAAUACCGUAAAUUCCUGCCUGAGAGAAGGACGUUAUGAUGAUACACAAAUCUGAAUACCGCCCAACCCUUGUCUAGUGUCCCCUAAAAUCACCUUUCUUGCUCAUGUACAACUUGAAGUCAUCAGGAACUUCUCUGUCUCUGAAAUCCCGACAUCAUCUGUGUCUCUGAGCUGGAUUGAACCAUUGGGAAACAGCUCCUUCUAUAGAGUAGAGUGGACUGAUGGCAGUAGAGAUAUGAAUUGAACUACCAUUGAGACAGCCUUUAAUGUAACUGAGCAUUUUUAACCAGUAUAUCUGUCAGUCACUGUAGUUUUGGUUCACAUAAUUCUCUCUUUUGAAGGGAGUGUAGACUCCAACUGAUCCAGAAUAUUUAGGAAAUGUGUUUAUCUGCAAUCAACUGCAAAAUUGGGCUUGGAUAGUGUGAUUAAGUGCUUGUCCUUUAUUGAAAACUCCUUUUUUUGUCCCCAAAACGUUUCAUGUCAUUGAUAAUGCUUACUAUCUUUAAAUAUGUUUUUAGAGGUACCACUUUUGUGUCCUACAUACUGACCUUAAAUGUAAGUAGAAUUAGCAUGCUUCUGAUCAUAUAUAUAGAGUGUAUGGUGAAUACCAUGAAUAAUAAUGAUUCUGGUGAUCUUUUCCCAAAAUAUAACUUUCUUGCACGCACAGAGCCUGCAGUCAUCAGGAACCUGACUGUCACUGAAAUCACAACAUCAUCUGUGUCUCUGAGCUGGAUUGAACCAUUGGGAAACAGAUCCUUAUUCAGAAUUGAAUGGACUGAUGGCAAUACCAGUGGCAGUCAGAAUACCCCAGAAACCUCUUUUAAUGUUACUGCUCUCACUCCUGGAGUGCAGUACCUCUUCACAGUCACUGCAGUGGCUGGAGAUAACACAACUGUAGGACAGAGCAAGACAGUUUCUAAGUAUACAAAGCCUGCAGUCAUCAGGAACCUGACUGUCACUGAAAUCACAACAUCAUCUGUGUCUCUGAGCUGGACUGAACCAUUCGGAAACAGAUCCUUCUUCAGAGUAGAAUGGACUGAUGGCAAUACCAGUGGCAGUCAGAAUACCCCAGAAACCUCUUAUAAUGUUACUGCUCUCACUCCUGGAGUUCAGUACCUCUUCACAGUCACUGCAGUGGCUGGAGAUAACACAACUGUAGGACAGAGCAAGACAGUUUCUAAGUAUACAAAGCCUGCAGUCAUCAGGAACCUGACUGUCACUGAAAUCACAACAUCAUCUGUGUCUCUGAGCUGGAUUGAACCAUUGGGAAACAGAUCCUUAUUCAGAAUUGAAUGGACUGAUGGCAAUACCAGUGGCAGUCAGAAUACCCCAGAAACCUCUUAUUAUGUUACUGCUCUCACUCCUGGAGUGCAGUACCUCUUCACAGUCACUGCAGUGGCUGGAGAUAACACAACUGUAGGACAGAGCAAGACAGUUUCUAAGUAUACAAAGCCUGAACAACCUGUGGACAUUGUGGCUACGAGACGAGGAACCAGUCAGCUGAAUGUGACAUGGACCUUGCGUAACGGGAGUGUGGAAUACUACAGCGUGAACAUAUUUAAUGCUGCUUUGAACUAUAGAUCCAGCAAUACCACACAGACCAGGGAGGCCAGCUUCACUGGGUUACAGCCUGGGAGGGUUUAUGAGGUCACAGUGACUGCUGUAGCUGGAGACUUUAGGAACCAGUCUGCUCGGGUCCAGUUAGCCACCAAUCCCAACCCACCUGGACCCCUCAACAUCACAGAGAGGACAACCAGCUCCCUCGUUGUCCAAUGGACAAUCCCGGGUCUAAUGAUUGGAGCGCAAGGCAUCUCCUAUAACAUCAGCUACCAGCUUAAUGGGACUGGUUUAGGAGAGAGAAACCAGUCUUCCUCUACCACUAGUCUCAGCAGUAACCUGACCUCUCUGUCCUCUGGAACUUGCUACACCAUCACAGUGAAAACCAUGGGACCUCAGAAUCUAGAAAGCACCAGUGUUUAUGCAUCAGAAUGUACCUUACCCAAACCAGUGGUGAACCUCACAGCCACCCCGUUGUCCAACUCCUCAUGUAAGCUACAGUGGACUGACCCCGUGGAGGUUAAGAACUACUACACCUAUAGAGUCCAGUACAUAAAGGCUACAGGCCCUGUACUGAAAACAGUCAGUACCAACUUCACACAAGUCAAUGACCUAGAACCUGGGACUGGCUACAACUUCACUGUUACCUCGGUAGCAGCAACGGGAAGCGAAGGAACUCCAGAACGCACAUUCUGUAACACUAAGCCCAACGUGGUCAGUAACCUCACAUUUGAGGGUCUGAACACAACCGCUAUCAGACUUUCCUGGCUCAAGCCAAAUGACCACAAACCAACCUACUCCUAUCUGGUGACCAUCUCCAAGAAUGGUUCUGUGGUAGAGAUCUCAACCAUGGUCGAGAUGUACACGUUCACCAAUCUCACUCCUGGGAACUGUUAUAACUGCUCUGUGGUCACGGUCGUCCAGGAUGUUAAGUCUGAUUCAACGGAGACGAUAAUCUGCACAAAACCUGCGGUGGUGAAAAACCUCAUCGCCAUAGGAACAACAACCAACAUGAGUGUAACCUGGUAUAGACCUAUGGGACAGGUGGACAACUACACCGUUACUAUCUACAAAAACAAUGUGAUGGAAGACAACCGUACCAUCACCAACAACUAUCUAUCAGUUGUGUUCCAGAACCUGAAGCCAGGGAAAGUCUAUGUUGUCAAAGUGGCCACUAAUAGUGGACCACUCACUGAGGCACUAAAUGUUACAAAUGCAACGUAUCCCAACCCUCCUGGAGGCAUCAUGGUGGUGGACCAGACUACUGGUUCCAUCAACAUCAGCUGGGCCCGACCCCUGGACAUGGACCUAGGUCAGUACAGCUUCUCUGUGUUCCAUCUGGACCGGCAGAACCUGACGGAACACAACUGGACCCUCCUGAAGAACCUCCAGUCUGGAACACUCUACAACAUCUCUGUGGUAACUGUAGGGCCGUUUGACUACCAGAGCACAGUGGUGACGACGGCCAAGUCUACCAGGCCCCAGUCUGUGAUCAGACUGAUUGAGGCAGGAAUCACAACCACCAAUGUGACUCUAGUCUGGUUUCAACCAGAGAGCAAACCAGGCUACACCUUCAGAGUGGAGGUCACCAACCAGUCUGUCACCACCAACACCACCAUGAAAACCAUCACCGGGGUACAGUCUGGGAGCAACUACACCACCAACAUCACCAUCACUGGGCUACAGUCUGGGAGCAACUACACCUUUACAGUGACAACACUCACAGGGGACGGCACCAUGGCAACCCCGGUGACGGUGUCUUAUUUUACAAGACCAUUUGCCGUUAGUGGUUUGGUAGCCUCUACAGUAAACACAACCACUGUGAAUCUGACCUGGACCAAACCACCUCAGUACCAGAGUGGUUACACAUACCGUAUCCAGACUGAGGGGUGCAUGUCCGCUCCCACAAACCGCACCACGGAGACAGGAGAGGGGGACCUCAUCUCAGAACUCACACCAGGAACCAGAUGCACCUUCAGUGUUUCCGUCAAGGCACUGAACAGCAUAGAGGGAGAAUCCGUCUCAACCUCUCAGUACACAAAGCCCGAGUCUGUCAAUAUGUUCAUCUACAACAAUGGUAGCAACAGUACCAUAGUGGUGCACUGGGAAGCGCCCAGAGGAAACGUAGAGCAUUAUAUCGUCUAUCUGAACAAGGUCCUUUUCUCAGAUUUGCUGAACUCCAGCAUUCGGUCAACAUCCUUCCUUAACCUGUCAGCUGGCAGAAGCUACACAGCCGUGGUGACCACUAUCAGUGGGUCCUUCAACGCUUCAUCAGAACCUGGAACUACAGCAACUUAUCCCAACCAGCCUGGGCCCAUCCUGAUCUUGGAGAAGACCACUAGUUCUAUCUCUGUGGAGUGGGGUGAAGCUCCUCUGAUGACCAACACCACCUUCAGUUACCUAGUGACCUACCUUUCAACGCAACUAAAUAACAAGACGGUCACUCUGACAAACACAAGACACACACUGCCCAGUCUGUCCUCUGGAACACCCUACAAUAUCUCUGUGGCUACAGUGGGAGUGCUAGGGCUCCAGAGUGAGAAGGUCUGGAGCAGUUUGGUCACGACCAGACCAGAGAGUGUCCAGUCCCUCAGUGUAGUGACAGCAGAGGAGAACAUAACAUUGACCUGGAACAAGCCUGUGGAUCACAAACCAAGCUACCACUACUAUGUGAUCUGGAUCAACUCUGGGUUAAUCAUCAGUAACACAACCACACUUAUGGAAGACCUAAUCAUCGAUCAAUUGGUUCCUGGUAGUCUGUAUAAUUUCACUGUGACAACAGAGACAGCUGAUGGAACAAAGGGAGCUCCAGUCUCAAACUCCAUCUGCACCAAUGCCAGCCCUGUGUUCAACCUGAAGUGUGACUCUCCUAAUGACCCCAAGGUGAUCCUGUCCUGGACCAAACCCAAAGGUCUGAACCAGGGCUUCCAGAUCACUGCUUAUGAAACCAACCAACCCCCCCAGGACCAGGCACACUAUAACACUAGUGGUGACUGUACACCAGCCUGUGGCCACACAGUCUCUGACCUUAAGCACAAUACAGACUACACCCUGACUGUAACCACACUGGGCUGUGGGAGUUCCAGCACCAUCCAAACCCUCACCUGCAAGACUGGCGUUAAUGCUGUCAUCGGUGUGGCUGUCGGGGUAACGAUUGGAGUUUUUGCCAUCCUCUUCAUCAUCACCAUUGCCUUAGUUAUCCACUGGAGGAGACAAACCAAGAAAGACACUUCAGACAUCCAGAUUCACUCCAUGAGAGCUAAAGUAAGCGUGGCCGUGAGGGUGGAGGACUACGAGGCUUAUUACAAGAGGCAGAAAGCAGACUCCAACUGUGGUUUCGCCGAGGAGUUUGAGGACCUGAAGCCAGUGGGAACAGCCCAAGCUAAAACCAGUGCUAUGGCCAUGGAGAACAAGUCUAAGAACCGCUACAACAACGUGCUUCCCUAUGAAUCCUCUAGAGUGAAACUGUCCAUCCAUGGGAGUCCAUUUGACGACUACAUCAAUUCUAACUACAUCCCGGGUUACAACUCCAGGAAGGAGUUUAUUGCGGCCCAAGGUCCGUUGCCCGUCACCGUCAAUGAGUUCUGGAGGAUGAUCUGGGAGAAGAACGUCCAGACUCUGGUCAUGCUGACACGCUGUAAUGAACAGGGACGAGUGAAAUGUGAGAAAUACUGGCCAUCUGAGACCAAGCACUUUCAGAAUAUCACGGUGACAACAACCUCUGAGAUCCCCCUAGAAGACUGGACCAUCAGGGAUUUUGACGUAAAAAAUGUGAGGACAGCAGAGACACGCUCGGUGCGUCACUUCCACUUCACAGCCUGGCCGGACCACGGCGUCCCCGAGACCACGGAGCUGCUCAUCAACUUCAGACACCUGGUCCGAGAGCACAUGGACCAGUACUCACGCCACUCCCCCACCGUCGUCCACUGCAGUGCGGGUGUGGGUCGUACAGGUACCUUCAUAGCCAUCGACCGGCUGAUCUUCCAGAUAGAGAGGGACAGUAUGGUGGACGUGUACGGCACCAUCCACGACCUGCGCAUGCACCGGCCCCUCAUGGUUCAGACCGAGGACCAGUAUUUGUUCCUAAACCAGUGUGCCAUAGACAUAAUCCGAUCCAGAACUGGAACCAACGUGGACUUAAUCUACCAGAACACGGCUGCACUCACCAUCUAUGAGAACGUAGAACCAAGGAAAGAUACAGCUAAGAAUGGCUACCAUAACACAUAGGCCUCACGUCCACUGCUCUGUCUCCCCCAUCCUCCCAUCUCAGUCAGACAGGCCUGUAGAGAAGGGUUUAGAAAAGGGAUUAUUCACUCUCACUGAUCAUGUUGCCUUACUCUCUAGUCUUUUUUUUGUUGUUUAAAUCAAACUGGUUUUCUAGUAUUUAUUUGGUCACGUUUUAUGAUAGUUGGAAAAAUAACAUGGAAGAUAACGGUUUGUUGAGAGGAACGGAUGCACAAAUUCCAUCCAAAGACCAAUAAUGGAAUGUACAUCAAAUUAUAUUUUAGAGAUGUAAUUCUUAUAUUUCCUUAUUUGUAUAUUGCUGCUACUUCUGAAUAUCUGCUUAGUCUCUUUUUAUGAUUGUAAUGCCAAUGUUGUAAGAAAUGAUGUGUGGUUAAACUGAAUGUGCCAUACCUUUGUAAUCAAAAUCAAAGCUUUAUAUAUUGAUAUAAUAAUGUAAUGCAGAUGUAGAUUAUUGUUAAAUGAGACCAAUGUUAAGUUGAAAAGUAUCUCCAGCUUUAGGUAUAGGAUCAGCACCCAACAUAACUGCCCUAAAAACUGUAAUACGAAACAACCUCCCCUCUCUUCUGUGCCCUCUCAAGUCUCCAAUAAGUGGUGUAAUACAUCUGUAUUUGUAUUUUUAAGGAUCCCCAUUAGCUGCUGCCAAGGCAGAAACUACUCUUCCGGGGGCCCAGCAAAAUGAAGUCAGUUAUACCAUUUUUAAAACAUUCCUUUUUAUGUGACAGGAUAAGUACAAUGCACUGUUUUAGAGGAAACGAGAACUACUCCUGACAAUAGGCCAAUGAAUGUAUUAUUUAAUAUUAGAUGUUCAAAGUCAAAUGUUAACUUUUCACUCCAGAUCAUUUUGAUAUCUAAACAAGUUUAAAAUGAGGAUUUUCGUGAGAACUUUUGUGCUUCCUACACCCUGUUCUGCAUAAUGCACCGGAUGCAUUUAGGGUUUUACACUGUAGCUUUUUAAAUUCUCUUCUUGAUGUUUUAUUAUGGUUGGUGUAAAUAUUCUUAUGAUCAUGAGAAAUGAUUGCGAAACUGCUGUGAGAGCCUGUGGUCCUCCUCCGCUGUUAAAACCCACUUUGUGCAAUAGCAAACUUCCAUUCGCAUGUCAGUCUGUAAACUCAGCUACUCUCUCAGUAACUCGGAGGUUACACAUUAUGAACCGUCUCCCUACUGUUUGUUGUUUCCCUAAUGUGUGUUCUAUAGAAAGUGGUUCAUGUAAUGCUGUGCAUACUGUCUAUCUGUGAUGCUUCUAUCAUAGAAGCAGGAAAACAGUUUUCCCAUGAGGCAAUUUCCCCUUUUUCUAACUAUGUGGUUAUAUAUACUGUUUGCAUGGGCCCAGUCCAAAACCAACCUCUACUUCCUAAAGAACAGGAUUGGUUAAAUCAAUGAUGGUAUUGGUUCUGCCUAGCUAUCUACACAAGUGACCAUAAAGGCCUAAGGUCUAUGGAUAUAAGGGGUGUUUCUGGACAUAGGUCAUAGAUUUACGGCUGUGAUUGAUGUAAAGCCACUAUGCUGAUAUUGUUUUACUGUCUUUGUAUCACAAUGCACAUUGCUUAAGUUCUUCAAAGCACUUCUUUAUAUUGAUCAUAUUACUCAGUGGAGAUCAUAAGCAAAGCAGACUCCGCCAAUAGUCUUCCUCAAGAGUUUUAGGAUUUUUUUUACGAUGCUGUGUGAGAUACUAUGUGAUGCUUGCUGGUACAAUGCAAAUGAGGAAAAGGUGAAUCUUUUUGUAUCCUUCCAUUGGUCAAUACUGUGAUUAAACAUGUUACACUUUUCUCUCUA